CCGCUAUGCACGAGAAGCUGACCACAGAAUCAGAGAUUACAAGGCGGAUUGAUGAAGCAAAGCGGAAGAUGGGGAGGGUCAUGCAGAUAGCUGCAUUCUCACUGGCCGAAGUUAACUACGCCGUCGGAGGGGAGAUUGGAUAUCAGGUUCAGGAAUCAGUCAAGCAGGCCAGAUUUCGCGUGCGAGCCAAGCAGGAGAACGUUUCGGGUGUUUUCUUGCCUCAUUUCGAGAGUUAUACUGAGGAGGGCAUUAACGAUUUUGGUCUGACUGGACUUGGAAAGGGUGGUCAGCAGGUACAGCGCUGCCGUGAGACGUAUGCCCGGGCAGUAGAAACCUUGGUGGAGCUUGCAAGUUUACAGACUGCGUUCGUUAUCCUAGAUGAGGUGAUCAAGGUUGUCAACCGACGAGGUACGUUCACAGAAUCAAGAGCCUAGAAAUCCAUUAUUUACUUUAUUGCUAACCUACAUCACAGUAAAUGCCAUGUAAGGAAAUCAGCCAUUAAUAUUUGCCAGGAGGGAGUGUCAAGAUGACUGAUUUGAAACAGUGAACAUGUUAUCAUUCCUCGGACGGAGAAUACCAUCAAAUGUUGGCUCACUUCCCCAUCCUGAUAUUGGCGUCUCAUAAAUGCCUACUAACAUCUUAAAGACAUCAAUUCGGAGCUUGACGAGCUCGACAGAGAGGAGUUCUAUCGACUCAAAAAGGUCUCGAACAAGAAACAAAGAGACAGCGAAGCUUCGAAUGCCGAGAUCCUCGCCCUCAGACAGAAGGAAGCGGACAUGGAGAAGGCCACCACCGCUGAGACUGAGCUGCCAACAGUACCGGACGUCCUCGGAGAACAUGAGGAUGAGGAUGUCAUAUUCUAACACUUUUCGCUUUUCUGGGUUUCUCUGGGUUCUGUAACUAGCGUACUUCAUUAGAUAUUGGCAUUUUUGUAACUCGAUCAGUCA